CCUUCCAGCUUCCGCACCAGCAUCCAGAGCCACGGGGGUGCGGAGUGGCCACGGCGCAGGAACCACCGCGUCUCCAUACCUGAGCUUUCCUCCGUCGAGUGGAAAGUUAGGACCGUAUUUCAGGCAUCAUGUGGCUCUAGAUGAAGGUGGAGAAAAGAAAGAACAAAGCAGGAAAGAGCUGCGACUGUCCGGAUAACUCUUUCGAUUUCUAACUGGGAUUUUAUUUUACUUGGUUUACUUUUGUCCUGAAGCUGAUUUGUUUAGAAGUCCCGUGCCUUUAUCGGCAGGAAAAGCGCUGUGCCGUGUUCUGAGGAGGAGGAGAAGCGGUGGUGUCGCACCAAGUUAGUCUCAGAUGGAGCUGCGCUCAGGGCGGAUGAACUGUGUGCAAAGUAACGCUGCUCUCCGUUGACCGUUCGAUUUCUCCUGAAUAAACCCAGUCCCUGGAGCGAGAGAGGGAGUCAUGGGGCCGCGCCAGUGCGUGGGACUCACCGCGCUCUUCCUGUGCUCAGUGUUGGACAGCAAAGUAAUCCUUGAUGGCCUGCAGAGAUACGGACCCACACCAAUGUAUCUGCCCGUCAGCUACCGGAUCCUCAAUGCUGAGUCAGCUUUCUUCUUACUAGAAGCAAACCAGGACAUAAUGAGGAACUCAAGCCUCCGGGCUCGAACUGAAUCCUUCUUUAUCCACCAGGCCCGGCAGAUGCCCUUUGUCAAUGCUAGCUAUGGACCACUUUCUGUCCAGCAGCCUGUCCCUUUGGAGAUGCUGCAAACUGUGCCAGGACCAUUCAACACGCCAACCUUUACUUCAUCAUCAUCAUCAGCGCCAACAUCAGCAACAUCAUCACCACUUUUUACAUUCAACUGGAAGGUCCAUACGUACAUCAUCAAUGAGCAGAUUCACCCGAGUUUUCCAAAAGUCCAGGUGUUGUUCUACAUCGCGGGCAGGGACUGGGAUGAUUACAGCACCAUUCAUAAGCUGCCCUGCGUCAGAAUGUUUGCCUUCCAUGAGACCCAGGAGGUGCGUGGGUCAUGCAGACUAAAAGGUGAGCUGGGGAUAUGCGUCGCCGAGCUGGAGCCCCUGGCUAGCUGGUUCAGCCCCCCCACGGUGAGACCCGGCAGACAAAGGGUAUUGGAGCAGGCUCAGGGCACUCCUGUGGAACUCUACUACAUGAUUCAAACCACGGACAGCGGAGACUGUAGCGCAGAGGACUCAAAAAAGACCAGCCCAGUUCGCACAGAGGAGCAGAGGCCGAUGGGCUACUUUGCAGGACACACACCCAUGCAGCGCAUCGGGAGCGUCAGGCUGUUUCAGCCGCUGUCGGAGCUGAAGCUGGACAACAACUUUGUGGUGAUGGCACCUUCGAAACCCAUCAGGCAGAGGGAAACGGUCUCCACUUUUCUGGCUCUGUCUGCACUUUCAUCAGUUCAAAUAUUCACCCUCAGGGUCAAGCUGAAGGAUGGCGUGGUGUUCCUUGGAGCGAGAGCUAGUAACCCGGUCAUGUGGACGGUCAGCCAGGAUGUCAGGAGUGAAGGUCACAGGGUCGUUACCCUGCACUGCCACAGGAAGGAGAACAGUUUCAGUCAAAGAGUUGAAGCUGUGGGGUACCAGCGAGUGCUGCAGGUAGACCUGGAGGUGAAUGGGUUGACGAUGACUCAAGGGAGCAGGGAGGUGACAUGGCAGGUGGAGUAUCCACUCACCCGCACCCUGACCAGUGAGGUGCAGACCAUAGUCCGUCUAGCACCACAAGACCUGGGUGGCAUUGUGCCUCUAGCUAUGGACAACGAGAUCCUCAACACAGCUGUCCUAACGGGGCGCACGGUGGCUGUUCCAGUAAAGGUGGUCACUGUGGGAACGGAUGGAGCGGUAUCAGAUGUCACUGAGUCAGUGGAGUGCAAGUCAACGGAUGAAGAGGUCAUAAAGGUGUCUGAGCGCUGCGAUUAUGUGUUUGUCAAUGGAAAGGAGAUGAGGGGAAAGACCAGAGUGAUGCUGAACUUCACUUACAGUUUUUUGAGCGCUCAGCUGGAGAUGAGUGUCUGGAUACCCCGUCUGCCAUUGCUCGUAGAUGUGGCUGACCCUGAACUUAGUCAGAUUAAAGGCUGGAGGGUCCCUGCUGGUGUUGGCAACAGGAGGUUUGAGCGGGUCACUGAUGACAACGAUGGGACCUACGGAUCAGAGGAGAGGACAGACAACGCCUGCGUAGCUCAGUACCAGAGCACCACUCUGCGUGUCCUCACACAGUUUGUUGCAGAUGCCAGAGAAAUUAAAGUAGCCACAGAGGAGGACAGACUGGGUCAGCACAACUUCCUGCUUGGUGCUGACUGGCAUGUGGAUGUGACACAACUCGUCAAGGAAUCUCUGAGGGUGGAGGACCCAAAGAUUGCAGAACUGCUGGAGGGCCAAGUGCUAAUAGGACUGAGCGCUGGGAGCACCAAACUGCAGGUUCUUUCACCUUUGACAGCAUCGGUCCUGGCUGAAAGGAGCAUCAGGGUGCAGGAUGAUAAAGUCAGUGUGACAGAACUGGGGGUGCAGCUGGUUUCUGGUCUUUCUCUAAGCCUGCAACUGAGUCCUGGGAGCAACAGAGCCAUUGUUGCUACUGCAACAACACAAGAGGUCAUUGCUUCACUAAAACAGGAGUCCCUGAUCAGUGCUUGGAUUCAGUUCAGCGAUGGAUUUACGACUCCCCUAGAUAACUACAACCCUACCCAUUUUACCUUGGCAGCCACCUCUCUGGAUGAGCGGGUGGUGGCGGUGCAGCGCAGCGCAGUGUGGAAGUGGCCAAUCAUUGUUGCUAAGGGUGAAGGGCAAGGCUUGCUUCUCCGUGUCGAAAUGAGUCCCUCUGAAGUGUGCCAAAGGGGUAAACGGCGUUCAGCUUUAGCCACUGGGAUGGCGAACAUCCAGAUAAGAUUUGGUCAACCAGAAGAACAAUACAGACAACCAGGAGACAGAAGAACGCGUCCUGAUCCUCCGUACUAUGGUGGCUCUAUCUCUGAUAUGGAAACUGGUCUGAAUAACAGAGGAGUGACAACUAUCAGGGGACAUACCCCACUGAAGCCUAGUGGGGGGCGUCUAUCAGCAGACAGUGGAGACAGGACCCGAAAUGAAAUGUCUGAAUACUCUGAGAAAGCCGAGCUGCCUCGAAGUCGCAGCACUGACGAGGACCUGUUACCAUCCCGACGAGGCCUGACAGACUUGGAGAUUGGGAUGUAUGCCCUUUUAGGAGUCUUCUGCCUGGCUAUCCUGGUGUUCCUCAUCAACUGCAUCUCCUAUGCAUACAAGUACCGUAGCAAGCAUCUAUCUCUAGAAGCCCCCGAGGCUAUGCCCCAUGCCCAUGACUGGGUCUGGCUUGGCCAAGAGGAGGAGUUGUGUUUGCAGCAACAGCAUCACGAAGAACUGAGCGGUGCCCUGGAAGAAGGCAGUCAGCUGUUAAACGGAGGCAUCUCGUGCGAUAGCAGCGACGGGGGAGGAUGCAGCUCCAGUGGGAGGGAUCACAGGAACGAAUCGCUUAACUCACCCACCACCAAAAGGAAGAGGGUGAAGUUCUCCACCUUCUCCAAUGUGAAGUCCAGUAACGGGUGUCCGGUGCUCAGCCCUUUAGCACUAGUGCAGACCAGUGACAUCAAAUGGGUAUGCCCAGACAUCGAGCUUGGGGACUCAAAGGAUAUUAGGGACUACAUGGAAAAGCUUAAUGAGAAUGCAAUUGAGAGCAAUGCUUAAAGGAUACGGGGUGUUAUCCACGAACUAAAGAGAAACUCACCUGAAUGCCUUCAGAUUAAGGAGGAAGAGAAAAGAGAUGAGAAAAGAACAAGUGGUGAGGAAAAACUCGAUGCCUCACCGUGAAAGCUGAACAGUGGACUCCAUCACUUAAGUUUCCAUGGCAGUACUCAGAAGGGGUCAAGCAGGAAAUUUAAAGACUUAAGUUGCCAUGACACGAGAGCAUAGUUAAAGAGAGCAACAUGUGAAAAUUGUAUCGUUGCAUAACUUAACUGUACAUUCUUUGUCUUCAUCUGAGGUAGAGUUUUCAGUUUUCUCUUGUUUGAAAUAUUUAUUGUUUUUAUGUUGCAUUUGUUUUACUUUUUGUAGCAUUUUCUUUUCUAAUAUGCCCCUCACCUCAAGAUGGAGAUUUUAGAAUUUAGGGAAGAAGAGUUCGGAGCUAUUUUCUAUUGUACAUAGAUGCAGAGUUUGAUUUAGCGUUACUAAUUGUAUAGUAACAUUUUGUAAAGUGCUGUUUGGUUUUGUUCCUGUUUUGUUUGAGUUUUUGUUUCAUCUCCAGAAGUCAGAUCCAUGCAUGAUGUUAUUUAAAAUGAGUCAUGUGUGUCUGAUCUGGUACAAAAACAGAAAAAUGUAGAUAAAUAAAUAAAACUUUGGAGACAUGUCAGUCCAGUAUCCACCGGGGCUACGUAUAGGGUUGGGUUUGUUAUAUUUGUUUUGGUUAGAUCCUUCAUUUUCCCUUCUUUUUUAUUACAGUUGAUUAUUCCACUUUGUAUAUUUCAAGUAGACUUUUUUUUUUACUAAUUUAACUGGCCUCAUGUUACAAAUAUAUCUGAACUUGUUACUUUCAACAGGAAGAAAAAAACAUCUUUAGGAAUCCAGAACAUGUAAAGACAAUCACAUAAGUAAUGUGAGUCCCUGUGUAUUUUGUUUAAUGUUUCAAGUAAAUAAUCUUAAAGGUUGUUUUGUCUGGAAUAAACAAAUAUGGUUUGUUAACUCUAAAUACCAUUUUUGGAGCACAGAAUCAAAGCCAUUAUAAUAGAAAAAAGAACAAACUGUGAAACAAAAUUCUACUUAUGCCCCAUCAACCCCCUAUGUCUUAUUGCAGUAUAAGUCAGGUUCAUCAUUUUCUUCCGUAUCUCUGUUUGAAAAUUGACCGAAGGACUAAUUAAAACUGAAGGUGACUCUUGUU